AUCAGUCGCACAGUAGAAGAACGUGCGCGCCGAGAUAACUGUUAGCUGGCUAAAAGCUUGCGUGACGACGUUAACAUGUGUAAAGUCAAAAUGUUGAAAGACUUAAUGAAGGAGCGACUGAACUUGGCCGCCGAAGAGAUAUUUGACCUAUUUGAGAGAACUAUAGCAGACUACGAAGAAAAACUUUGUCGGGAAAAAGAGGAGAACGAGCGAAGACAAAAUGAACUAGUCGCCACGGUUGCGGACCUUCGUAUUCAACUGCACCAAGCUGUGCAACAAGACACCCGACAAGAAAUUCCUUCUGAGCAGCUGGAGGAACCGAGCAUUAACAAGGAAGUGGAGGACGUGCGGAGCAGUCAGUAUGCAGAGAAGAUUCCGAAGCUGUCCGAGCACAUUCCAAGUGAAGAGGGCAAAUCUAAAGUGGACGGAGAACACUGUGAGGAUCUCCAAUCGGAACCAGACAGCCUUUUCGCUCCCUUGUCUGAUAUAGACGACAUUACGUCAGACAGUUCUCGCACUGAUCACAGUGACCACGACCGGGAGACUCGGAAGGAAUAUAAAGGUGAUAUGACGCAGCACGACAAGGAUUCUCACCGCUCCCAAAGUCAGAAAACGUUUUACAGCAAAAAAAAAAGGAAAAAUCACAUGGUGACGCACAAGGGAGAAAAACAAUACUCCUCGAAGCAUUUUGUGAAGAAAGACGCUAGGAAACAUACGGAUGCUGAUGAAGGAUUGCAACCAGGAUCUUCAGAUAAGGAUUCCCAAGGUGACAUGACGGAUGACGACGUCAACGUGAAAUUGAACAGCUCUCGACGUGAGAAAACAUUUCAAAGCAAAAAAGGCUUGAAAAAGCACAUGGAGACACACGUGAGAGAUAGACCCUUUGCUUGCCCCGUCUGUGCUAAAAAAUUCUUCUUGAAGCAUCAUGUCAAGAGACACAUGAAAAAACAUACAACGCAGAAUGCGUCGACAACCGGAAUAUCAAAAGCUCCACUCUCGGGUACCAACCACACCACAGAAUCUUUGGAGAACAACAAGAACUGUGACGCCAACAAACAUCAAUGUCCUCAAUGUGGGAAAAAGUGUCCCUCCAAUGAAAAUUUGAUCGCACACAUGGUCAUACAUACCGGAGAGAAACCUUUCUCUUGCUCGGUUUGCGGGCAAGGUUUCGCCUUCAAGGAGAGCAUGAUGAGCCAUGAGAAGCAGCACUUAGGCCAGAUCCCUUUUCAGUGCUCAGUCUGUCAGACAGAUUUCCUGAGUCGAGGCCAACUGAUAUCACACAUAAAAUUGCACAUAGACGACAAAGCGUUCAAUUCCUGCCAGGUAAAGGACGAGGAAGAACUUGGUGACCAUCUGGUGUUGGAACCAGCCGUGGACAACGCGACGCUGAACUCUUCUGACACGUAUUACAGCGACGAUGCCGAAGAAGCUUUGAGGACUAAGAAGUUUAAAGACAUGCGGCAGGUGGAGAAUCAUGAAGAGGCUCCCUACCUUGCUGGAGCUUGUGGGAGCAGUACAGAUCGAGAGCAGCAUCAAGGGACGAGUAACGCGGAGGAGGCGCCAAUAUCCGACGACUUGGAUUCCGAAAGUGAGAAACCUUUCGCUUCCUCCCUUAAUUGUGAAAGAUUCUCCUUUAAGGCACAAGAAGCCGGCAGCUCUGCUUCCCCGACGAAAUCGGAGUUGAGCUCAGACCUAAGACAACACACCGAUAGCAACUAUGACAACAGGCACUGCUCUGAAUGCAAGAAAACCUUUGCGACGCCGGGCGGUUUAAAAAGACACAUGAUGCAACACACCGGGGCGAAACCUUACAAAUGCUUGCACUGUGAAAAAAGAUUCAGUUUAAAGGAAUAUUUGAAGAAACACAUGCUGAUACACACUGGUUGGCAUUGUCCAGUUUGCGAUCAAAGUUUUGUCAGAAGAUCGGCUUUCGCUACACACAUGGCAACACACGGGGACAAGAAAUCUAUUCGGUCAGCAAAGACAACACACGCGAUGGAGAAAUUUGACCAAUCAGAGAAGUCCAUAGAUAAAAUUGAAAGACCUGACCGAUCAGAGAAGACGACACAUAAAUUCGAAAAACUCGAGCGAUCAAGUUCGCACAAAAUCGAAAAACUGGACCAAUCAGAGAAGACGACACAGACAAUUGCAAAACGUCCAAAGUUAGAGAAGACCACACUCGCAGAUGAGAAACCUGACUGUUCAAAGAAACGUGUGAGAAAACGCAUCAGGUCACGCUCGGAAAAGUGUCCAGUUUGUGCAAAAAGAUUUAGCGAAAAAUCGUACAUCCCAAAGCACAUGAGAAUACACACCGGGGAAAAACCUUAUCAGUGCGACGUGUGUCUUAUAAGAUUCCGUUUUAAGAACGGUAUUAAAAGUCACCAUUGUUCUGGGGAGAACAAAAGCACAACCGAAGAGGCAGGACGGUCGACUACUGACAAAGUAACUUUGGAAGAAGCUCACAGUUUGUCCAGUUGAGGUC